ACCUAACACACUGAAAUAUCCUAUGUCCAACCGUAGACGAUUCUGAUCUUCAAAUUGACAACCAAAUUGGCCCUUCUUUUAUCCUGCCUGUUCAGACUCGUGCCUGGGUUGGUUAAGAUCGAAAUCGCCAGGUUCUGUAUUCGACUGGGAUUCCUGGUGCGUGCUAAUCUGUUUUCCAUUAAGGGGAUAAGAAAAGUCUUCUUUUGAUGGAUGGUUUACCGGAUCAGUUAGUUUGGGAGAUCUUGAGCAGAAUCAAGAAAACCAAUGACAGAAAUUCUGUGUCAUUGUCAUGUAAGCGCAUCCAUAAUGUGGAUAAUGAACAGAGGCAAUCUCUUCGGGUUGGUUGUGGAUUAGACCCUGCAAAUGAAGCUUUGACUUCCCUCUGCAAUAGAUUUCGCAACUUGAUAAAAGUGGAGAUUAUUUAUUCUGGUUGGAUGUCCAAAUUAGGAAAGCAGUUAGAUGAUCAAGGGCUUCUCAUUCUUUCCAAUUAUUGCCCUUUUCUGACUGAUCUAACAUUAAGCUACUGCACAUUCAUCACUGAUGUGGGUCUUCGCCACUUGUCCUCUUGUUCCAAACUUUCAGCUUUGAAGCUGAACUUUACCCCAAGAAUAACUGGCUGUGGCAUAUUAUCUCUUGUUGUAGGCUGCAAAAACUUAAGUAUUCUCCACCUUAUUCGAUGCUUAAAUGUUAGCAGUGUUGAAUGGCUUGAAUAUCUUGGAAAGCUUGAAACGCUUGAAGAUCUCUUAAUCAAGAAUUGUAGAGCUAUUGGGGAAGGAGAUUUGAUUAAACUAGGCCAUAGUUGGAGAAAACUAAAACGAUUGCAAUUUGAGGUAGAUGCUAAUUACAGAUAUAUGAAAGUCUAUGACCGUUUAGCUGUAGAUCGAUGGCAAAAGCAAUGGGUACCAUGUGAUAAUAUGCAGGAGCUUAGCUUGGUGAAUUGCAUGAUUUGCCCAGGGAGAGGGCUAGCCUGUGUCAUGGGGAAGUGCAAGAACUUGGAGAAAAUUCACUUGGACAUGUGCGUUGGUGUCCGAGACUUUGACAUUAUUGGUUUAGCCCAAAAAUCAAGAAAUCUACGUAACAUUUCCCUGCGUGUUCCUUCAGACUUCUCACUUCCUCUUCUAUUGAACAACCCAUUAAGAUUAACAGAUGAAAGUCUAAAAGCUUUAGCGCAAAACUGUUCAAUGCUUGAAUCUGUUAGAAUAUCUUAUUCUGAUGGGGAGUUCCCUUCAUUUUCCUCUUUUACUUUAGAUGGAAUUCUUAUUUUGAUUCAAAAUUGUCCAGUGCGUGAACUGGCUUUUGACCAAGUCUAUUCUUUUAAUGAUGUUGGAAUGCAAGCUCUUUGCUCAGCUCAGUACCUUGAAACCUUGGAGCUUGUCCGAUGCCAAGAGAUAAGCGAUGAGGGUUUGCAGCUUGUGGGACAGUUUCCUAGAUUACGCAUUUUGCGUUUAAUCAAAUGUUUAGGGGUCACCAACGAUGGGUUAAAGCCACUUGUGGGUUCAUACAAAUUGGAAAAGCUGGCUGUUGAAGAUUGCCCUCAGAUUUCUGAGAGGGGUGUGGUAGGAACUGCGAGGUCCGUAUCCUUCCGGCAAGAUUUGUCUUGGAUGUACUGAAACAGGCACUCGCCAAUGCAUUUUCAGGAACACCCAAUUGCAGUAAUUAAUUCAUAAGGCCUUGCUUCUGGCUUUCUUUUCACAUGUAAUUUGUUGAACUAAUAGAAUAUUGAUUGUUGUGAAUAUUACUGUGUAUUAAUUGUACUCGAUCAUUUAUUAAUGUAAGUUAAUACUCUAUCGAUCCA